AUGCUUCUGUCUUCCAAAAAGGACCUUGCUAUGCCUACUAUUGUAUCCCUUGUUGCAUCGCUUCCCUAUUUCCAACGUCCCUUUACUAAGACUUCCGUACUCGCGAUUCCUGAAAUUGCAACCGCAUCAAACGAAGAGAACCUUAAAAAAGCUCGUACAUGUUGGAUGGAAGGGAUGCAUUUGGUUAAUGAAGUUUCUUCCCAUACCCGGACUCAUGCACAAAUUCUUGCCUUGAAACAACUAAAGUUUGAGGAAUGCUUUCAAUUUAUGAAAAAGUUGCGACAAAUUCAUGAGCAGGUGGAAGGAGAAGCUCAGAGGUUGCGGAUGGAGGUGUCACUGUUUUCGAAUAGAAACUAG